GCUCUGGGCGGGACUCUGCUGAUCGUCUGCCCCGUGAUGAUGCAGUCCCUCACCUGUUCUUGUUUUGAUUAAAGAAUGUUAGCUACCGCUCACCGCUUGUCUGCAGGCCUUAUUAAAUGGAAAACUUCCACAACACAUCUCAUCUGGUCUCAUCUGACCAGAUUAUAUUCUCAGAGUAUUUCACAGAUUUGUCUAUAUCUUGUUCAGCAAAGCUUAAAAGUUCUUAAACUCUUCUGAUAUUUCUUUUCACUCCUCUGUGUCCUGACCUCCAGUGUCUUGAUUUUGCUUGCCUUUUUUGCAUCUCCAGUUUCUCAUAGGCUCAGAUUUUUUCACUAUACUGUUUUUCAUUAUAACAUAAAACUUAUGGACAUCUACUGGCUGGAUAGUUGCCUACAUCUGGUGAGAAUUUGAUGUCAAUACCACCGUUCAAAAUAUAUUUACUUAGAAAAUUGGUAAAGCGUUCAAUAUUUAUUUUUUAUCAAACUUCCUUCUUUUGAUUAUGUGAAUGACGCAAAUAGCUGAACCAAGCACAGCACAGCACAAAUGUGAAACUAACCACCAACGUCUGCUUUCAACUCCUGUAUACUGGGAACUUGGCUGUUAAUGGAAUUUGAGUACGGACCUCACAUAAUUACAGACAGCUGAGGGCAAUGACCGACAUGUUUCGUGAUACUGGAACUGAAGAUUCAGUUGUUUUAGUAGAGUCUGAGGAGAGGCACGAUGAACUUCAAACUGAGCUCAGACCAGUGAGAGCAAUGAAACCUCCAGCUUAUGUUCCAAUGCAGGUGAGGACCUAUGAUGGGCCCUCUGGACAGCCUGGAGGAUCUGUAUUGGUUCAGCACACCAGUGUGAACAUCGUCACUGAGCCUCCAAAGGACCAUUUUAUCUGGUCCCUCCUCUGCUUUCUCCACUCACACCCUUGUUGUUGUCUUGGACUUGCAGCUCUCAUUUAUUCUAUCAAGGCCAGAGACCGGAAGGUGGCCGGAGAUCUGGAGGGUGCACGACGUCAUGGGCUCACUGCCCGUGGGCUUAACAUUGCCGCCACCGUCCUGUUUGUCAUUGGAUUUGUGAUUUUAAUCUUAAUUAAGGUUCUGUGACUGCAAAUCUAUCUGAUUAUGCUCACAGAGAACCGUACUAUUAUCAUUUACACCGAGAUUAAGUUAGUUGCUUCUUUGACUUGUUAUUAAGCCUCAAAUUCUGUAAAGAAAAACACAGCUUCAGACCCAUUGUUUAAUUUCAGAAAUAGGGGUGUGUUCUAAUAGUUCAUUUUGCUUAGUCUCUCAGUUAGGAACUGUGGCGGUCAUUAUAAAAGCUGCUCCGAUUAUCCAAAUACUAAGGAAAGGUGCUUCGGUGCUUCCUUUGUUGCUUCCGUUAGCACUGGAGCAUCCUUUAUAAAAAGGGAGGGGAAAAAGGCAUCCCAUAAUUCAUUGCAACAGACUAUUUGGCCAUUCAUGAAAACAAUGAAUAUAAUAAACAAAGUUGCGCAGAUCAUGUAAAUGUGGUCGGCCACCAGUGGUUCUCCAAGUGAUCCUGUCUCCAAAUCUUAGAGAAAAUUGUUUAUUGCCAAUUGAUGGAUUUUUUAAAAAUGAGAAUGGUAUUUUAGAUGUGUCCCAAAAAGGUUUUAAAAACCUCCAUAGCACUAAGUCACCACUCUUAUAGAUUUGACUAUGUUUGGUUCUAUCGGACCACUAUUGAUUUGGGACCCCUGGCAGAGUAUUUUAAACCUGUUGUUACUAACCUGGGUUUUAUGAUGGACAGUAAUUUUAAAUUGAACACUCAAAUUAGGGCUACUGUCAAGUACAGUUUUUAUCAUUUAAGGCGCUUUAUCCAGGCCGGAUUUUGAAACAGUAAUCCAUGCUUUUAUUUCAUCUCGUUUAGAUUACUCUAAUGCACUGUAUUUUGGAGUUAGUUUCUUCUCUCUCAUCUGCAGGUGGUUCAAAGCCUGUUGCACUACUUUUAAACAGUCUUGCCCCACCUUACCUCUCUGAGCUUCUUCGUCCUUAAUCACCCCCUGGGUCUCCUAAUCUCUGGAACAAUCUGCCCCAGCACAUUAGAGAGGCCCCUUCAUUGUGCUCUUUUAAAACACGUCUUAAAACCAAUUUUUACUUGUUGGCGUAUGACACAGUAUGCCCCUGAGUUUGUUGUUUUAGUGUAAUCUAAUGUGCUGAUUUUAUUGUCUUGAAUGCAGUUCUAAUUAUCAUUUUAUACUAUUUUAUUUUUGCUAUUUGUGCUGAUUUUAUUAUUUUAAAAUUAAUUCUAACCAUCAUUUUACAUGUGACUUCUUGCUUAUCUUUAUUCAUUGUAUAGUUUUUGGCAUAUCAAAUGUACAUCACUUUGUUUUCAGCUGGGAGCUGUUCCGAAAGUGAUAUAUUAAUAAAUUUCUUGCUUGCUUA